AUGAUCCCCCAAUCUUCCGGCCAACCGUGGGGCCCUUCUCUACGAACGGUCAAUGGCCCCGGACGGGUUGAGAAUGCGAUGUUAGGCCAUGAUCAUCUCGACAGGCCUAUGCCGCAGCCGCCGAUCCGCCCAGCCGUCGUCGACCUGACCGCAGGCGGUCCAGAGUCGCAGGAUCGAGAACCACCCCCCAAACGACCGAGAUUGGAUGUGCCAGGUGGAUCAAAUGCGACGGAUACUGGUGCGACUAUGAGCGCAGAGGCAAGGAGUGCUCCUGGAAGCGCAACUCCGCGACCUACGGUGUCGUGGCGCGGCCGGCCGCUCUGGUCCUUUCAAGCCGUGGUGUCGGAACUUCCGAACAACGAGAAUCGAGGCGAUGGCACCGGUUCGAAGCCUCCAUCGCCGCCGCCGUUACCUGCUCAGCCAUGGGAGAUCCCCGCUGUCGAGCCCCCGGCAACCACCGUUGUGAAGUCGAGGGAAAGCUCACCCGUCGGCGCUGUACAGACGACCCCAUAUCGCAUUGAGACCCCCUCCGCUGCCCCGGUAUACAAGAACCAAAAACCCGCCGAUUUCACCCCAUGGACCGGGAACCAUCCCGAGGACAUCCUCAACGAGCAAACCGCGAAACAAGGAUAUUACGACCGGACACAAGUCUCCCAGAAUGAAUCCAAUACCGCAAGACCAGCUCUUUACGCGCAGUUGAAACACCGGACGGGGUUGCAGAUGCUCUCGUCGGUCUUUGCCGCGGCAUUAGAGAAACGGCAGAACCACAACACCAUCCACGCACCGUCAACCUUUAAACCGCCUCCUCGAGUCACUCUCACAGAUAACAAGCGCGAAGGCUGGCUUCGCGAUCUCGCCAAUCCAACUGUUCCGCUGCGAAGGCUGAGCCGAACCAUUCCACACGGUAUCCGCGGCAAGGUUCUUCUGGACCAGUGCCUCGGGAAAUGGAUUCCUGUCGCACGCGCUGUCUGGCUCGCCAAAUGUGUCGGUGCUAAUGAGAUUCGUGCGUUCAAGCGCAAAGGCACAAGCGGUGCGCUGGCUGUCGGCUUGGAGGCGAAAUGGGUUCGGGAAUGGACGGCAAAUGUUCAACAGUUUGUCGAGGGUGUAUUCAGCGCGCCAAAAUCCUCGGACUGGAAGGCCAAGAUGACUUAUGCUGUUGGGUUGACUGCUCGUCUGUUCUUCGAAAACCUGCUCGAUCAUGAUCACUUCCUUGAGUGGUUUUUGACAUCCUUUGAGGCUGCCUCGCUCGGUACAAUCCCCGUCUGGCUGUUGAUGCUCGGUGUAUAUUGGAAUAGUAUAAUGCGAUAUCGACGAAGAGGGCGACGACUGGCCGAGCUGCUGCUCGAAAAGCUGCGCCAGGCAAAUGAAGCAAAACUUGCUUCUCUUCAACCUCUCAUCGAUCGACUUGCUCGCUUCAUCAAACGUCUCGUUUGUGACCAUACGCCCUCAAUGAUCCUCCCGAACACUUGGGAGACGUAUAAACAACAAGUGUCAUCGGUUCUCGACCUAGAAAAAGCAUGUGAAAAAGCCCUAUUCCAAAACCUCGCCGAACGCAAUGCGCGAGUGCAGCGGCCAAAUCAUUCCAAACAAACCAACAACCGCUCACCACAUCAACGCAUCAUCCGACACCUCGAUUCCAUCCGCUCCGCACACGACAUCUCCUCCAUGUCCUCCUACUUCGACACCUUUGAAGACAAGGCUGAGUUGGUCUCCAAGCUGCUGGAAUGGCUGUCCACGCCCUUCCGCCAUGGCCUCUGCCGGGUCUACAUCGGUGCUCGCCUUCUUCGAAAAUGGAAAUCAGCUGGCGUGGACAUAGACAGCCACAUACUCGCUUUUCUCUCACGUGGACGGAAUAAUCAGAAGUUGAACAUGGACCAGAUCUAUCAUGUUAUCUCUGAGCUUGUCAGGUCACAGACAUUCUCAGUUGGUCGCUAUCUUCAGUGGCUUAUGGCGAGAGGUGUUACCAAUAGCCCUUCAAUCACAGAUCAUUAUAUAAAGGACUUACCAAUCGACAUCGGACUGAUCGCGCAACUUCCCGUUGGUCGUCUUCCAGAACACGUUGCGAAUUUGCGCAACACUCUGCAAACACGGACUGGGCUAUCUGUUUCUGAAGAAUAUGCCGUAAUUGACAAUGUGAAAGAGAUCAUCAGCCAACGUCUGCCGGGGAUUUUUGGUGACAAUGCACGUACGACAAUGGCAGUAGAUUCAUUACCGUCGAGCCUAACGUGGGCCGUCAAGGCGGAAAUUGGUCAGUGGCUACGCCGUGCCAUUGCCCAACACAAUCGAAAUGCAGCAGAAUCGACUACUGCGGCAUUCCCUGCUGGUGCUGUUCCCGUGGUAUCUGCGCUAACUCCCACCGAGAUCUAUAUUGUCCGUGACAUUCUGGAAUCAUUUGGGGACAUCUCAAUGUUAGCUGAUGUAUUGAACUUCGCAUCAAGCUGCACCGACAGCACUGUCCUUGCAUCAGUAGCAGAUACCACAAACUGCCAUUUCGACUCUCUCUGCGUGAUCGGCGCUACAACCGAUCUCUUCCGGCGACUUAUUGAUGCAUACGCAGGCAUCAAGAGGUUCGGCGUGCCAGGCCUUGAUUUGGUUUUCUCUCUGAUCGAACUUGGCUUGCGUAUUCCGAGCGAGGUCAAUACUGUUGCAAUUCUUCGGCAGGAUCUCUCCCGCAUGGAAAACAAGUCGAUCAUGGCUGCGUACUCCCCCGUCUCUGACCACAUCCCCGACAACUUCGGUGACACCGAUCCCUUCCUUCGAGAGAAGUUGGAUCAGAUUUUACUGACAGGAAAUGUCAUGGAUGAGCCCACUUUGGACGCGAUAUUCAGCGCAUUGACGAAACAUCUGGAGGCCGAGGAGGGUCAUUCGAAACUGUCAGCAAACGAUACAUGUCGUUACCUGGCACAGUUGAGGUCUUUCCACCCGAAACACUUCGAUGUCAUUCUCGCCCGCUGGGUCUGUGGCCAUCUGCGAUCGCCUGACCGUACUACUUUGCUACGGAUUCUCCCGCCGCUCAUCGGUGUCGGAUGCGUUACCAUUCGAGCAUUCCUGGCCCUUGCGAUGAGACUUGCGCUGUCUACACCAGCGAAAAUUCCCAAUACAGCUCACUUGCCGGCAGACCUCGUCCAGCUUCUCUUGCCUUCCACUAAAGAGAACAGACGGUUUGAUCUGGUCUCCUAUCGGUUCCAGCUAGCACAACAGGAAUUCCUCACCAAGAAUACUGAGGAAGCGCUCAAGAUCGUUUGCGAUGCGGCGGCUUCAGCCAAUACCGGUGAUGAUGCUCCGGCCAAGUACAGUGAUCUGGAGAACUCGAUGGUCAUAUUGCUGCGUGAUCUUCUCGUGAGAAAGCCUGAGUGUGUGGCGCAGAAGUGCAUGCAAAAGCUCGCUGAGCAGUAUCCGGCCGCUUUGGGUAUGGUUCAGAAAGCACUUGAUCUUCUUCUGGGUAUUGAUUCACACUCAGAUGGAAAAUCAGUUCUUUCCGAGAUUGAGAAGCUGGCUAGUAUGACCGACGACUUUUCGCUUCCAUUCUGUCAACUCAAGCUGCAAGUACUAUUCCACGCAGAUUCAGGAACUGAGGAUCGCAACAGUAUUGUCGAUGCCAUGUUCAAGACGGCUGUGGCAGAUUCCCGCGCCCACAGGCUUCAUUGGGUUGAUCUUGUUGCGCUGAUGAGCCCCGAUGCAGUUCGACAGAUUCGCGAACGUGCCGAAAAGGAGUUCUUCUCUGUUCCACUCUUGGAAGACUCGACCAGCGAUACGCCCGAUCAACCCGACAAGCUGGGGCCACUAGAAACAGCCAAAUUGUAUCUCACCAUCAUCGAAGAACUCGCAGGCAGCGUCCCCGAGUCCGGAACCUCAUCCGUCGGCUCAGUCCUUGUGGAGAAGAUGGACGCACUCCUGCACAAGAUCAUCACAAUGCACAGUACCCUCGUCAACACCCAAAGCACAGCCAGCCAAACCCGCUCAAAAUUCGAACGCGGCCUCGCAUUCUGGUUCUCAGCGCUCCUCCGCAUGGUCGUCAUCCAUCGCUCCGCCUUCAUCCACCAACCCCAAACGCUCAAGCCUAACCCUCCCCACGACCAACUCCGCCUCCUAAUCUCAAUCUUCUGCAUCGCCCUCUCCCGCCUCCCAGGCAAUGUCCUUCGCCUCUUCCCAGCAGCGGACUACUUCCCCCACCCAACGUCAACCCCGGAAGACUACCGCCCCUGCCCAGGAAUCCUCCUUCAAACCCACGCCCUCGACGUGGCAGCCUCCCUCAUCGAUAUCUUCUCCGAUGAAGUCCGCUUCCAAUGCGCCCGCUUCCUCAAAGAGAAAUGUCCCUCUUUCGUGCCAUUCCAGAAUGACUCCCGUUUCCUCUACCUCCUCGGUCCGACGCCUGAUCAGUCCUCUGUCAAUCCACAGCACGUCUCUGCCCCGUCACCGGCGGCGUCAGCGUCGACUCCUACCCCCACGCCUGCGCCUUUCCCUGCUGUCGGUGCAUCCGCUGCGCAGCAGUCUGCCGUUGCGGCGUCUAGCUUGUCGAGUGGAUAUCCUGAUGAUACGAAUUGCAUGGCGAGUCGGUUGCGUCUUCAACAUCGGGGCAGAGUCGUUGGGCCUUAUCCUGUAAGGCCUUGGGAGUUGCUUGAGGAUGCGGCGCCGUUUGUGGGUGUUAAUGAUACGGCCGUUAACUUGGGCUAUUUCGAUGCUCGGCGUGUGAGAGCUUGA